GCUCCGUCUCCUGGAGUGUACGGAGUACCCGAGAUUCUGGCACUUCUCCUGGAACCAUGUCGAUCAUGCCAUCAAAAUGAAUAUAUCCUGCCAACCCCUCCCUCGUCCUGAUGGUAGAUACCUGCAGCACGGAAUACAUGAACCGUACUAAGGGUUCCACUUGGUGGACGCUGAACGAUGGCUUAAUCGUCCAUAAUUAGUUCGGCCCUCAGCUUCUCCACUUGGCAAAUUACAAAUGACAGGGCAGACCUGCUCAGCUCGGCAGGCUCUGGACUUGCCCACAGGUACGUCGCUCGAGUCCUCCGGGUUUCAACGGACCACAACCAUCGGGCACUCCUACCGAGGAAUGUGUCCUGCACGGAAUGUGUCAAUCGAUAGCCUCCUGUGGAUCAGUGGUCGCAGUCACGCAUGGGGGGCAAGUCACCAUGACGAGGCCCGCGGCGGCAGCCUGCGGAGCGACUGCAGCUGCAGAGAAGCGAGGCCUUCGUACGAGUGCUUGUUAUCUGAGCCCAAGCACCCUGUCCUGAGCCGACAAACUACUAAGGCACUAAACCGUCGCCGUUUCAACGCUACUGCUGGAAAAUGGCACCCCAUGCAACUCUCUUCUGGACCCCACGGCUCAAGUUGCAUAAGCCCCCAACACUGCUACGAAAUUUCCCUAGCGCUUCCUGUGAGCGACUCUGGGUCUAAUUAUUGGGCCGGACAGUUCCCAGAGCAGAUUAACAUAUAUUACCGAUCGCCGGAAUAGAUUGAAAUAGAUUGAGCUGAUGCUACCUUGAAUUAACACCUGAACUUCCAGCGGGUACGGUCUCCUCUUGGAACUUGGAAGUUGGGACUCUGCUAGCCUCCCCCCUAUCCACAGUACAAUCAAUAAUGGGAUCCUCAGCUGGUGGCGCUUGUCACUUUCCGGGCUGCCUUGUUCCCCCGACAUGUCAGACGGUCUGGCCCGGGCUGGCGUCCAACUAGCUCGCACUGCAGGAUGGCGCU